AAAAAAUGCCAAAAACUUCUCCACCUCUCAAAAUCAGCAUCACAAACUCCAAAAAAUCCAAAAACUCCCUCAAAGUGAAGAGAAGUAGGAAUUUAUCUAGAAAUAUUACUGAAGGCAGCGGAGAUACUUUAUAAGAUACACUAUGAAACCAUACAUUAAUCCAGCUGGGAUUUGAGAAAUUGCCCCAGGUCGCUUAAUUACUCUGAAAACAGCCCAACAGAAAAAACCAAUGUCAAGAGAGCUGGAUAUCACAAAAUAUCUCAAAAUGAGAAGUUUCAGACACUGAAAAGCGAUAAAAAUCAAUUUAAAGAACACAAAAAGACUCAAAUAAAGAAACCACCUCUCCUCCCCUUCAUAACCCCCACAUAAGCCCCAAAAAUCAAAGAACCACAUCCCAAGACCCCUCCAAACCCAACCCCACCACCAUAAAUCCCUCUCUCACCCUCCAAAACCCCAUAUCCCACCCCCACAUCCCCCAAAACCCCACCAAAAUUCCCCAAAACUCCUCAAAACCCUCAGCAUCCAUCCCCCACAAGCGUCCGUCCCUCUGCAGCCCCAAAGAGACUCCCUUCGUGCGGUACCUCCGCAGUACUCUCCAGAACGAUUACGAAAGAAGCUGCCUGAAGAUCCCUGAGUCUAUUAAUGCGAAAAUAAAUAUGUAUAAGGAUAAGUUAAGACGUACAGUCACAAUUAUGGAAGAAAAGAGAAAGUCUGCUCUAAAGCUGCCAAUCAAGGCCGACCAGGAGGUCACGAAGGGAAGAAUGCGAAACUGUAGCACUUCCACAGAACUGGAGAGGUACCAAACAAGAGGAAAGUGAAGUGCUUGUAAAUUGAUGUUUGAGACAGAAAAGUCACGGAAAGAUUUGAGAACAAUAAGAACCUCUGAUUUUAAUAAAGAUCCAAAAUCAAAAAUCAACUACAAAUAACCCUAAAACUUUUGUCGCAAAAUGGCAAACUUCAGACUCAAUUUCCCCUAAGAAGCACCAUAAAUCGUCCCACAAAAUCCCAAAAUCUUCUUCUCAGCCCUUAUUCAAGUUCGAAUAUAGCAAGAACUAUUACAAUUACGGUGACAACAAGGAUCUUAAGUUCUAUGUAAAAAACAUUGGAGACCUAGUAAAGACUCAAGAGAGCCAAUCCACACUAACACUGUCAAAGAAUUAGCCCAGCUUGGUGCUAAGACAUCGAGAUUCAUAAGUUUCA